GUUUCGGACUUUCUUGGGGUUUUUAUGGCUUUGAGCUUGUUGACUCCAAAUUCCCUGACAAAGAUACCACUAACAAAGCUCCGCUUCGUCCCCUCUCUUUCGCCGCCGCCGCCUCCGCCGCCUCGCGCCGCCUCCGUUUCGUUCCGCCGGCUAUCGAUCAUGUCGUCGAGCAACGGCAUCAAGGUGGGCGCCGCCCAAAUGACCUCCACCAACGACCUCGAUGCCAAUUUCAACACUUGCUCUCGCCUCGUCCAAGAGGCAGCAGCCGAAGGAGUGAAAUUGCUAUGUUUUCCUGAGACUUUCUCCUUUGUGGGGAUGAAAGCUGGGGAGAGUCUCCAAAUUGCAGAGCCUCUAGAUGGACCGACAAUGCGGAGAUAUUGUUCACUUGCAAGGGACUCAAAUAUUUGGUUGUCACUUGGAGGCUUUCAAGAGAAAGGACCCGAUGAUGCACACCUUUAUAAUACACAUGUUUUGGUUGAUAACUAUGGGAAUAUCAAAAACAUAUACCGCAAGAUACACUUGUUUGACGUGGAUGUUCCUGGCAAUAUGACUUACAAGGAAAGUGAUUUUACAACAGCAGGGACUGAUAUUGUUGCAGAGGACAGCCCUAUUGGACGCCUGGGUCUUACAGUGUGCUAUGACUUGAGAUUUCCUGAGCUUUAUCAGCAACUGAGGUUUCAACACAAUGCACAGAUUUUGUUGGUGCCAUCAGCUUUUACAAAGGUCACAGGGGAGGCACAUUGGGAGAUUCUUCUCCGUGCACGUGCAAUAGAGACUCAGUGCUAUGUUAUAGCUGCAGCUCAAGCUGGAAAACAUAACGAGAAACGAGAAAGCUAUGGAGAUUCUCUAAUUAUUGAUCCAUGGGGGAAAAUUUUAGCUCGCCUUCCAGAUCGUCUUUCAACUGGGAUUGCUAUAGCUGAUAUCGAUCUUUCAAUUGUUGAUGCUGUGAGAACUAGGAUGCCAAUCUCUGAGCACAAGAGGCUAGAAAGUUGCCAAAAGAUCUCAUCUCUGUCCUCUCUAUGAACGAAUUGAGAAUUCUUCUCAAUUCCUAUAUGAGAGUUCACAGUGAGAUAAAGGGAUAAAGCAAAGAAAUUUGGAAGGGUUUAUGGCAGCCAAGAAAGUUAUGUUAUCGUUGUAAUACUUUUUAUUGAAUUUGAUUAUAAAGCAAAUAAGGAUUUGUGAGGAGUGCAGUCAUUUGGAUUGAAACAAGAGAAGUGUAUAUUUUUGUUGUCAAAUUCUUCCGAGAAAUAAUUUGUGUGGUCCUUGAACAAUGUUUUGAUCCAUCUAGUAUUUUUCUCAAUAUAUUUGUAAAUAACCCGGACAUGUCGA